CUUGGUUGCUAGGGAAUACGUUACGUCACUUCCUGUUACUAUUAGUCGCCAAAAUGUCCGCCAAACUUGAAUGUUUUUCCUAAAUUUAACACUUCUGAAAUAAUUAUAGAAGUAUCACCGAACACUGACUGAAGUACGGAACAGUAUUUGAGUAUUACAGAAAUAUUACCUGAAUAUAGUAUUAUUGAGCUUUACUGACAUAUUACAGUUGUACCACAGAAGAGUCACAGUUUUCUUCUUGUACAAUCUCUGUCUUAGUUGUUUGUUAAAAAGAAAAAAAACUAUGACACAAUCCGUUAUUAUACAAGUUGGCCAAUGUGGUAACCAAAUAGGACGUCAAUUCUGGGAUUUAGCUCUCCAAGAACAUGCUAGAACUAACAAAAAAGGUCUCUACAAUGAAGCUGUGAGUAGUUUCUUCCGCAAUGUUGACUCUCGGACUGAUUGCUCCAUCGAUACUGACACCAGCAGAAAAAUACACACUUUGAAAGCACGGGCUGUUUUAGUUGACAUGGAAGAAGGUGUUGUCAGUGAGCUUUUGAGAAGUCCUUUAGGAGAACUCUUUGAUCACCAACAACUCAUCACAGAUGUCUCUGGAAGUGGCAACAAUUGGGCUGUUGGAAACAAGACGUAUGGCCACCACUACCGAGAAGCAAUUCUAGAAUCUGUGAGACGAGCAGCAGAAUUCUGUGAUUGUCUUCAGUGUUUUUUUAUCAUCCAUUCCAUGGGAGGAGGUACAGGCGCUGGUGUGGGAACAUAUAUUUUGGACCUGCUUAAUGAUGAAUUCCCUGACGUCUACAGAUUUGUCAAUGCCCUGUACCCCUCUGCAGAUGAUGAUGUUAUCACCUCACCAUAUAACAGUGUCCUAGCCAUGCAUCAGUUGACACACAAAGCUGAUUGUGUUCUGCCAAUUGAGAACCAGGCUUUGGUAGAUAUUGUGGACAAAAUUGGUCAAGCAGUUCCAUGUGAGAAGUCAGGGAAGAGAACUUACAAUAGUAAAAUUCUACCAAACACUGCCAUCUGUGCAACCAAUACCAAGUUAUCCAAGCUAACCAAACAAAAACCUUUUGACUCAAUGAACAACAUUGUUGCUAAUCUGAUACUUAACAUGACCAGUUCAUCUCGGUUUGAAGGUUUGUUAAAUGUUGAUCUGAAUGAAUUAGCCACAAACCUGGUUCCUUACCCAAAACUUCAUUACCUCGUGGCCAGUCAAACUCCCCUCUAUGCAUUAGCUGAUGUCAACAUUGCUCCACGUCGUCUUGACCAAAUGUUCUCUGAUGCAUUUUCAAAAGACCAUCAACUGAUAAAAGCUGACCCCAGACACAGUCUUUACCUUGCUUGUGCUCUCAUGGUGCGAGGAAAAGUGAGUAUUUCUGACAUGAGAAGAAAUAUUGAAAGACUAAAAAGCAAGUUGCAGUUCAUCAGUUGGAACAAGGAGGGAUGGAAAACCGGUCUGUGUUCUGUUCCACCUGUGGGUCACCCAUAUUCUUUGUUAACACUAGCAAACAACACUUGCAUCCAACAAACAUUUGGAGAUCUCCGGGACAGAUAUAUGAAGCUUUACAGACGCAAGGCCCACCUUCACCAUUAUACUAUGGUUGAUGGUAUGGAACUGCAGGAAUUUACUGACAGCUAUAACAGUCUUGAAGACAUUAUUAAAGAAUAUAGUGAGCUGGAGAAACAGCUGGAAAACCCUGGUCCUUGUGUACCUCGUCUACAAGUUGUCAGCUAGCUUCCUACCUAAAUAGACAGGUUGGUAGUAAGCAAACAACCUACUUUCUAAACUAUCUCCUUUGAGGAAAUGAAGCAAUGUGUUAGAAUAGAGAACAAUAACAUGACGACUCAACAGUGCAACAGAGCAUCACACAAUAUUAUAACAACACUACAACAUGGCAAUAGGCAAAUCUCCCUUAAAUAACAUAGCACUGUUUUCCAUUCAAACAGCAUUGUGAAUUUGAGUAAAGUUCUUCAAAGAUACUGACAAAGCAUUGAGGAAUGCCAUAAUAAAAUUUAGCUUCAGUGAUCUUUGAUGUUCAACACACUGGAGAAUAAUAUUUCUGAAUUUAUUCAGUGCAGGAUCAGUGGUAAUGAAAUCUAACUUGUUCCUCUCAUAGAACUGUGUCCACAAACUUCACUUAGCCUGUUUAAAAGCACUUUGUGGAAAACUUUACCAGGCAUUGAGAGCAGUGUGAUGCUUUGCUAGUUAUUGCAGUUGGACAGGUCUCCUUUCUUCAGCAGUUUCACAAUGGUUCCCUCUUGUCCAUUAUGUGGAACUCUCUGCUCAUGCCAGCAACAAUUUGUCAGACUUGUCAGUUCAGCCACUACAGUGCUCCCACCAUGUUUAAACAUUUCUACAGUGAUUUCAUCCAAUCGAAUAGCUUUGUUGUUUCUCAACUUUUCAUUCGCUGUUGUUGUCUCUUCGCUCAUUAUUGGAUUUUCAUCUACAUCCAGAGCUAUCUUAUUUUGUUGAUGGAAAUUGUACAGUGCUAUCAUUGUCAAAUGAUUUAAUGUUUCUUAAAAGAGUUCUCAAGCCCAGGAAAAAGAGGAAGGUUAGACAUUGAACCAGCAACCCAUUCCUGUAAAACAGGAAUAGCUACAAAAACAAAAGAUUGCCUAUUGCAAAACCUAUGGGAGAAAGGUGGCAAUAAAUGUGAUCCAACAAUGACAGACUCUAUGUGUGUGCAUGUAUGUAAGUGUUAUAUAUAUAUAUAUAUAUAUAUAUAUAUAU